CUGAUUAAAAAACAGAGAGCGGGUAAAAGAAAAGGAAAAUUUUUGUUAAAGUUAAGGGGCGGUGGGAGGAUGCAAUCAAAUCGUCCGGUUAGGGCGACAGCAGAAGGAGAGGGGAAAUAGAGUUUAGAAAGAGACGAUAAGAGAAUUCAUGACUCCACACUUUCUUAUUUGAGCGCACAGAGGGCCAGACGGCCAGACGGCGAGAAUAGAGAGGCAGAGGGUGGGAGAGAAGAGGAAAAGGAGAGGCUGAGAGCUGUCAUUACCCUCUUUCUUUGAUCCCAACCGACCUGCAACUUUCAUACUUUCCAUACCGAGCAACGGCGGCCACGAUGGCGUCACGAAAGGGUCGAUCGCCGGCGGCUGGUUUACCAGCAACAGCGCCACCUCUUCCGCCGGGAACCGAGACGCGUUUCCGCGGUGUCCGCAAGCGGCCUUGGGGCCGCUUCGCCGCCGAGAUCCGGGAUCCUGGUAAGAAGACGAGAGUCUGGCUUGGCACCUUCGACUCCGCGGAAGAAGCAGCACGUGCCUACGACACCGCUGCGCGGGCCUUGCGCGGUCCCAAGGCGAAGACCAACUUCUGCGCUCUUCCUUCUCACGCUUCCACCCCCGUCGGCGGAUCCGGAUCCGUCGCCCUUCCCUUUUUCCAUCAACAGCUGCCGCCGCCCUCGAGGCCGGCGUCGAGCAGCCUCAGCAGCACCGUGGAAUCUUUUAGUGGCCCACGGAUUUCUGUUCCCUCGGCCAUCUAUAUACGGCCGCUUGUAAGGCCGUCGCCUCCCCGGGUGCUUGAUGAUGAUCAGGACUGCCACAGCGACUGCGGUUCUUCCUCGUCUGUAGUUGAUGACGGAGACAUAGCAUCCGCGUACAGGCAGCCAUUGCCGUUCGAUCUCAACCUUUUGCCACUUCCGGAUGAUGAACUCCAGAGCACCGCCUUAUGCCUCUGAAUCAAAGCGGCGAAAGAAUGCAAACUGGUUUUCUUCUUCUCUUUUAUAUGUUUUUUUUUUCUUUUUUUUUUUGGUUCUGAUUUGGAACCGGAGGGGGGGCGUAUGAUGGUUGCGUUAUGUUUUUGCUAGAAUUUAUCAGAUCUUAUAUAUUUAGGUUCUGAUCA